AAUAUAUUUGACAUUUCUCGAAAGGACCUGAAAAAAAAACAAACAUCUUUCCAGCAUCAAAACUUACCGGAGAGAUUUUGCACCAAAAUUCAAAGUUUUUAAUUGUGAAGAAAAUCGUUUAAUCUUAAUAAAUUUUAGCCAUGGAGAUGAAACAGAUUAUCCAAACGCAGGUAACGGAAAACGGUCCGGUGCGUCUGCCGGUGGACAGCGAGACGCAUACGUACGACGACUGGACCAUCGCGUACACCAAGUCCCACAUUUUGAAGAGCGUCUGCGUAAACGAUAAUGCGUGCGUCCGCGGCGAUCCGGCCUGCUGCGAACUUUGCGUGUACAAUUUUACCGUGGAUUUGCCCCACCUGCCGGACAUGGUGUUCCACAAGAACGUUCUAACGAUUUGCCACAAGGGCGGUGCCCGGCUCGAGUUCAACCCGAUGGACGCGCUCAAGCUGGUGCGCAACGAGAAGCUGGACCUGAAGGUGGCCUGUUCGGACGAGUGGAAGGAGAGUCGACCGGCGGCGGACACGCAGGAAAAGGUGAAACCGUUUGAUUGGAGCUUUACGACCGAGUACAAGGGCACGGUUAACGAGCGGGUUCGGGUUGAGUCGACCGACCAGAAGAUCGACAUGUUCAAGCUGAUGAAGAGGGAGCCGAUUUACUUUUAUCAUGAUUUGACGCUGUUUGAGGACGAGCUUCACGAUCACGGAAUUUCGGUGCUUUCGGUCAAGGUGAGAGUGAUGCCGUCCGGGUUCUACGUGCUGCUGCGCUUCUUCCUACGCGUGGAUCACGUACUGAUACGCAUCAACGACACCCGCUUCCACUACGAAAAGGGCAACGAUUACAUCCUGCGCGAGUACACGCACCGCCAGGCCAAGGUGGAACAGCUGAAGCACGUACCGCCGGCGCUCUUCACCAGCCCGAACGAAAUCGCCGAGCAGCUGCCGGUCAUCAGCAAGGUCACAGAAAAGCUUACAAUUUUGGCGGAGGAGGAGGCAGACGCCACCGCAAAGGAAGGGUCAUCGGUUUAGGGAGCGAGCAACCAAAAUAUUCAUGGAAGCGUUGUAAUUAGCGUUUUAAAAAAGAAAUCUACCUGUAAAAUGUCGAAA